UCUGGGACGCGGGGGCCGUCACCCCGAGUGAGCAGCCUCCCGGCGGCUCAAAAGCGGGCUUCGAGUUAAACUAGGGCUUUGGCCCCAUGACCCCGACCAAGCCCCGCCCCUUCCUGGUUGCCCUGGCGACGGCGGUGGCGUCCCAAGAUGGCGUCGUGGCUGCCGGAGACUCUGUUCGAAAUCUUCCGACAAGGCUCGGCGCCGAGCAAAGACUAUUACCAGGUGUCGGUCACCCGGUCUCAGGUCAUCUUUCGGUGGUGGAAGAUCUCCCUGCGGAGCGAGUACCGAUUCACCAGGCCUGGAGAGGUGAAGGAAAGCCACAAGGACUUCCUACAAAACGCUCACCUCCAGGUUCAAGUUGCCUUAGCUCUUGGCGCCGGGAUAUUAGAAUAUAUCUGCAAUUUGUGCGAAGGUAAAUUUGACUUCCUUGAACGCCUCCCCGACAGUUUGCUCCUGAGGAUCGUCUCUCACCUGGACCUGGAAGACAUCGCCAGGCUCUCGCAAACGUCACAGAGAUUUUCGAAGCUGUGCAAGAGUGAGGCGCUCUGGGAGCGGAUCGUGCGGGCAGCCUGCGACCACGUGAGCCCGGACCUGCGGGCGCUGGCCGCCCAGGUGGGCUGGAGACAGACGUUCUUCACCAACAAGCUGCAGCUCCAGCGGCAGCUGCGCCGGCGGAGGCAGAGGCAGGGCGGCCACCGCAAGGGGGCGCCCUAGGGCCGGGCCCCCCAGCUCACGCACGCACACACGCACGUACCCAGCUCUGCGCACCUUCGGGGCUGAAAAUCCCAUUUAGAAGCCAAAUAAACCUAUUUCACUCAAGCGGCCGAUUCCGUGGCGUCCCUGCUCGGUUGCCCUGGGUGUUCAUGCGGCUCGGCCCUGGGUCUCCCCCAAGACGGUCUGUACUGGUCUCCGCCCUGGUUGCCCCCCACAGGACUCCCCGCAGCUGGGGAAGGGUCUGGGACAACCUGCAUCACAGUGGAGACGUCGGUGGCGCAGAGGUUCCUGCGCCGAGCCUUCUGGCCACCUGUGGCUUGCUUAUUAUUUAAUUUUGCAUUUGCUAUGAAACGGUCUACGGAGGGGCCUGGGGAUAGAACAGAAUGAAGGCGCGAGGCUGACCUCAGUCCCACCCCCAGCACUAAGAAUGAUGCUCCCGGCCCUAGGGAGCACCACCAGGGGUGAUCCCGGAGUAGAGAGUCAGGAGUCAGCCCCGGGUACCGCUAGGGGGAGCCAAUUCCUCCUCCCCACCACCCCCAGUGAUGAUAUACUGAGGGCCGAGGUGGUGGGUCCGAGGUAGCAAAUUUGCCUUGCAUUGAGGGGCCCUGGGUCUGGGCUUGGUUCUUCAACAACGCAAUUUUUUUUUUAAUUUAAAAGAAGAAAAUGAAAAGAAGUUAAAAUUUUUAUUUUAGUUUUUAAUUAAUUUAUUUUUUUCCUUUUU